UAUGUGAAAAGUUUAUAUUAAAAUCUCCUAAGAGUAUACAAUGUGUGUUAUUGACUUAAGUAUUCAUUCGACCAUUAUAUGGAGCGAGAAGGACAAAAGGCAAAUGAAACCAUAUCUGGUGUCAUAAAUGAUAACAAGAUGUGAGCAUCUCAAAUGGAAAAUAUCACAGAAAAGAAACUACCACGAACCGGAAGUGAAAGCGAGUUACUGGAGAGAUAUUUAAAAUUAAAUAAGCCGUGUACCUGCGAAAAUGGAUGUUCCUCAGAGGGAUGCAGGAAAAGUAUGGGUUACGGAGAAAGUUCAUGCGAUGGAAUCGAUUUACAUUUUAUGGAGGAUAAUAAUGCUGAUGAAGACGAUUGGCUCAGAUCUGCUCCUGUGAAGUUCAUUUCAAAUGACAUCUCCUUCAGAAACAGACUUAAGAGAUUUUUCUUGAGAAACCCCUCAACAAGAUUAGGAAGUCGUAUCUUUGACCUUGUAAUAAAAUUCCUAUUAUGUUUCCUGUACAUUAUCCGUGUGGAAUUGGAUGAUCCACAGAGUUAUGCAUGCGGUGGAAUGGACUGCAGUGUACAUAACUUAACUUUACCCAAAGAUAGCGAUGAAAUGGUGUUUUCUUCAAAUGCAAUUAAUUGGCAUGUGCUGGUAUGGGUGAGACGGCCUCUAGCAGCAUGGGUUCUACAAGUAUUUUUAUCAGUCGUAACUCUAGUCAAAGCCUGUGUAGAACUGUAUAUAGGAUCUAAAGGUAUCUGUCUCACAAAGAUGACCAGCGAUGGUUUUAUAUUAGAGUUAGUGUGUUCAGUGCCAUUGAUAGCAACAGUAUUUUACCCACCAUUAUUAAUAGAUUUAUAUGUUCCAAGUUUUCUUCAUUGUUGGUUGAUGAGAAGGUCUUGCCAGAAAUUGUUUCAUGACCUACAUCUAACCAAACAAAGAUUUCAGACUAUAUCUGUGACAUUGUCUCAACAGAUGUUGAUUUUAGUUGUUACACUGGCUUGUUUUAUAUUCACCACAAUAUGUGGUAUACAGCACAUACAGCGUGGCAGCGAGGGGAAACAGCUGUCUUUGUUCGAGUCAGUUUAUUUCGUUAUCGUCACAUUCUCGACAGUGGGUUAUGGAGAUAUUUCGCCUGAUACAUGGCUAGGACAACUUUUCAUGAUGUUUAUGAUUUGUUUUGCUUUUGCCUUUGUUCCCAGACAGAUCGAAGGAAUAACCUCUGUGUGGAGAGAAAGAAAGAAGACUGGAGGAGAAUAUAGUAGAAAUGAUGCAUUAGGUCAUCGUCAUGUGGUCGUGUUUAGUAGUCAUCUGACAGCAGACAAUGUGAUGGAUUUUCUCUUAGAAUUCUACGCACAUCCUAAGUUAGAGGAACAUGUAGUAGUAUUUGUGAGUUCUGAUGAAAAGGACAGUAACUUACAAGUUAUACUAAAAGAUCCUAAAUGGGUGAACAGAGUGGUAUAUAUCCAGGGAUCAGCUCUCAAAGAUAUUGACUUAAAAAGAUGCAGGAUACAGGAAGCAGAUGCCUGUUUUAUUUUGUCUCCAAGCCUUUGUCAGAACAGGGAGGAAGCUGAUGAGCACUCCAUUCUACGAUCGUGGGCUGUCAAAGAUUUCGCCCCUGAUUGUCGACAGUAUAUACAGUUGUUUAAAACAGAAUAUAAAAUCCAUGUCACAUUUGCAGAGCAUGUAGUUUGUGCCGAUGAGUUCAAGUAUGCCCUUUUAGCCAACAAUUGUUUGUAUCCGGGGUUAUCUACCCUUGUUACACUGCUGCUGCACACCACCACUGAACAAAUAGGAACAGAUUACAAGGAGCAGUGGCAGCAAGUAUAUGGAAGACAUGCAGGGAACCAGGUUUAUCAUAUACAGAUAUCUAAGAGUGUCUUCUUUAGAUCUUAUAUUGGUAAAUCAUUUACAGAAGCUUCUAAAGGUGCACAUAAAAGAUUUGGAGUUUGUUUAGUAGCAGUUCUAGAUAUAACAAAACUAGACCCACGACUCCAGUUAAACCCUGGACCAGAGUACAAAUUGAAGGAUACAGAUUAUUGUUUUUAUAUUGGAGAGUUUAAAGAAGAGUACUCUAAGAUAUGUCAUGAUGUUUCGUCUACUCCACACUUACAAAAGACGGAUAAUGAUAAAAGUCGCAAAAAUUUAGAUCACAUAUCUGAAGUGCUAGAAAAGUUACUACAACAUGAAUUAGAGGAAGAGAACGCUGAGGAAGAGAGUGUAUUUAACAAUACCAUCACUUUUCAGUGGGGUCAGGAAAUAGCACGUCGUGUUCGGAAUAAUUCAGAAAAAACUAACAGUAACAAUUCUCAAGAGGACUUACAAACUGACAUUAAUGUGAAUGUAAUAAACUCACAAGUUGAUACUCACAGUCAAACAGAUUCAGCCUUACCUAAAGUUCUACAGAUAUACUCUGAUAUGGGACAAGAAGAAUUUACCACUGGUUCCCCACCAACCACAUUAUAUGUGGGUAACAGAAGAACAAUGUGUCAUAUUCUGAAGAAUCCAAGACAGAAAUGUUGUCUUAAAUGGGGAGAGGACUGUGAACAUUGUUCUUAUAAAAAUGCCAAAGACUCUCGAUGGAAGAAUCAGUUGAUAAUUAUGAGUGCCUCCCAGGCAUGUGGAGGGAUACAUAAUUUUCUUGUACCUUUACGAUCUCACUAUAUCAGUAUGCAUCUACUGAGUCCAAUAGUACUACUGUUAGAAAAUGAUCCAGAAGAUUUAUUUUUGGAGACGAUUUGUGAGUUUCCUAUGGUGUACUGGAUGAAAGGAAAGAUAACAAACAUUGAUCACUUGUUGCUAGCUGGAAUACACAAGAGCAGCCAUUUUGUGAUAGUGAACAAAGAAUCAUUUGGUGAACUGGAAGAGACAAUGGUUGAUUCACAGACUAUUGUAGCUGUACAGACUAUUCUUAAAUUAUUUCCCCACACUAAUAUUAUCACAGAGCUAAGUCAGGCGACCAAUAUCAGAUUUAUGCAGUUCCAAGCCAACAAUGAAUACAACCGAUAUGUCUCUAGAAUGGAAAAGAAACUACGAGGAGGGAUGAGUUCUACUUUAUCACAUAUCUUUCGACUACCUUUUGCCUCAGGACAAGUUUUUAGUGCUAGUAUGUUAGAUAGUUUAUUAUAUCAGACAUUUGUAAAAGGUUACUUGAUCACGUUUGUCAGAUUACUACUAGGAAUUGAUGCUGAGGAGAAUUCUGGACAUCUCUCUAGUAUCCGUGUCAGAGGUGUGACAUUAGCACAGUAUCCUACGUAUGGAGAACUUUAUCAUGGAGUAGCUGCUACAACUGGGGAAAUCCCUUUUGCUAUUUAUAGAACAGAGAAAUCUCAAAGCCAAAGUAAUGAUUUAUUUACCAAUGAGCCACAAAUUACAAUGAAGAAGUUGUUUAAGUUGGAUGGCAAAGAACGUUUAAACAACAAUGGCAAUAAUCAAUCGUUCAAAAAGAAAACGGUACGACCAUCUUUCCCCAAACAGCCAUUCAUGGGCAAGGAUACUGAACAUUCUGACAUUGGUGAUUUGAUCAGGAAUAGGUUAAAGAACCUUGGAAUGAAUCCUAACGAUUACACUGAUGAUGAAGACCAAGAUGUUAUUUCGUAUGUUAUUUUGAAUCCUACGCCAAAGAGAAAACUACGAUUAGGAGAUAUUGUAUAUGUUAUACAGCCUAGCAGUAUGAAUGCUAUACCAAGUAAAAAAGGAUGGAGUACAAUAAAGACAUCACUAAUGAGAUCUUUUAGUUCGGGAAAAAGUACAGGACUGAAAACUUCAACUCAGCGUCUAUUUGCAGAAUCUCAGAAUCAAACAAUACCAGAAUCUCCCAAUGAUCAAGGGAUUCAUUUCGAGGCUAAACCAAAAAAGCAGAGAAGAAAAUCCGAUCCCAAUGCUCCCCGUCGUAUGAGUCGAUUCACAGUAGAGGCUAUAUCAAAUGUUCCAGAGACCUCAUUGUCGAAGGAGGAUUUAAACAGUGCUAGUGGUUCCAGUGUGAUUAAAGAUAAAUUUUAUUGAUGAGUCUAUUGAUUUUGAAUUAUGUGAAUUUACCAGUAUCAAAUUCAUGGAGAUAAAAUUUUUACUUUGAAAUAUAUAGGUCUGACCAAGAACUUGAGAAUUUAAUAGAUCUCUAUGGUUUUGAAUUUCGACAUUGAUGAUUGAAAUGCAUUCUGGGAAACAGUUUUUUUUUUUAAUUAAAUUUAAAAGAUGUCUGAUUAUGGAAAAGAAUACUGCUUACUAAAUUGUUAUGCAUCAAUAGGAGUCUAUUCCUAUGAGGGGGGGCAUGACCUUUACAGGACGUCUGGAUCGAGUGUUUUUAAGCUGAGGAUUUCGGGAUUGAUUCUUUUGGGAUCUGGGAAUGCUUUUUCGAAAUUACAGGGUGUCUGGAUUUAAAAUCCUUUAAAUUUGCGACCUCAGGAUUUCAUGUUUUUAAGCCCUGGAUUUUGGGGUCAGGACCCCCCCCCCCCCUGUGAUGAUUUCUAGACUUUUGUUUGAAUAAAUAGAUGUGAUGUUGAGAAUAUUUAUAUGAGUGUCAUUCUAAAAUUUGAUAUUUAACAAGUUGAAAGUGAACUUUUUAUGCUGAGAUAAAAAUGGAAUAAUCAAAAAAUGGAUUGACGAAAAAUUGAAAAUCAAAACAAGGAACCCAAAAUAUUUUUAUAAGCUUUAUACUGUUGUUGGACAGUUUUGUACUUUUUCCACUUUUAUAUUAAAAUUGCAAGUAAAUAAUUGAUUUAUAAUGUAAUUUUUGUCAUUUACAAUGAGUCAAAACCAUUGAAGUGUGUGCUUGCAAGUGAUCAAUCAUUCUUGACUCUCACAGAAGCUUUGUUUACUAAAAAUUAAAAAAAAACUAGUUAUCACAAUGAACACACAAUUGCAAAAUUGAAACAGCUUUGUUUUGCGUAGCUUUACUUUUUCUUGCCUUAAUUCUAUUUGAACUGCUCAACUGAUGCGAGUUUAACAAAAAAUAGACUAGUCUUUACUUUACCAUGUACAAUUAAAUUUGAUCAAGUGGCAUGCAUAUAGUUUUGAUUGUAAUAUUGUUAUUUCGCAAUAUUUUUUAGUAUAAAUGAAGUACAAUCAUUGGUUUAUCAUAAUCUUGCCUACAUUACAUAGUCAAUCUAACCAAUUGCAAGAAAAAAGGGGUUUAGACACAUGAUUUUGUUAGUAAUUUUGUUAUUACACAAUGUAAUAAUGUUAUUAUACAUAUACUAUUGUUAUUACACAAUAUAAGUUUGUUAUUACACAAUGUUGUUCAGAUGAAUGAUGUGCAAUCAUAUCUUUAUUUAUUGUCAUUACUGUUUAUAAAUAUAAAUGGUGUUAAACUGAUUGUGUUAACUGCAGUCAUUCCUGUAUAUAUAGUCAGUGAAGAUUUGGGUUGCAAAUUCACUAUGCCUGUACAUUGUAGAAUUAGAAAUUAGGUGCGUAUAUUAAACUGAUAAUUGUUAUUGCUUUAUAGGGGACAGGAUUCUUAUAUAAGUUACAGCUAGUCUUCCAGAGUGUGUAAUAGUAUAAAAGUUCAAACAGUUUGAUUGUUCAUUAGGUAAACUAUGAAAUUCUUUACCAACUACAAAUAUAUAUCUCAUAUCUAUUUUAAGGUAGAAUUGAUAUAUUUUCAUAAUGCUAACUUUGGAUUCAUUAAUAUUCGCUGGAUACCAGAUUGGGGUGGGGAGUAGGACCUUUAUCAAGACUCCGACUCAGGUGUUUUUAAGCCCCGGAUUGAUCCUUUCUGGAUCCAGGGAUUCUUCUUUGGAAUUUCGGGAUAUCAGGAUUUCAUGUUUUUAAGUCCGGGAUUUUGGGAUCAGGACCCCUCCUACCCCCCCCUCAAUUUUCGCGGGUAUAGGUAAAACACGAAAUUAAAUGUUCAACAAAUGACACGGUCCAUAUAGAUUUGUAUGCAGACUUCAACAAAACCACAAAAUCAAAUAUCCACAAACAUGCAAGUUUUCCUUAAUCCACGAAAAUUGGUACCCACGAAAAUAAAUGAAUCCACAGUAUUUCUGAUAAACACUUUCGUAUAAUAUGUCAACACUUUUUGUAUGAAGCUUAGACAUUAGGAAAGGGUGAAGUUUAAUAAGGUAUACAAGAGUUAUGUGCAGAAUGCAAAAAAGUUGAUAUUUUUCUAUAAUUAACAAUUGAUACUCUUUUAAUGAGUUCAUAAGCCACCUAAUAAACAAACAAACUUAUUUUUCUUUAUACACACUCAAGUUGAUCAGCUGUAAUGCAAUUUUAGGAAUAGUAGCUUUACAAAUCAUACAACCAAAAAAUGUGUGUUUAGCUUUAUAUUGUGUUGCCAAUCAGUGACAUUAUUUUGAUUUACACUUUUAAAACGAUUUAUAGCCAAUGUAAUUUUGUGUACAUAUUCAGUGUUUUUUUUAACUGUUUCUUUAUUAUUUUGUAUUGAGUAGUUUUGUUUUUCAACAAUUUUUUUUUUAAAAUGAGAAGUUUCUGACAAAAAAUUUAUGUGAGGAGAUGUCUAAAACCAUUUUGCAGUCUGAAUUAAGUACAUUUAUUUACAAAGGAGUAGGGGCAAUUAAAGGCCCUUAUUUCGCCCAAAAAUUACUGCAAAUUCAAAAGUGAUCAUACAUAUUCUUAGAUUACAGAAAACUUGGCUAAGGUAUAAGGUACUUAGAAAAACAUAACAAAUUUGACAUCGAACAAGUUACCAUGGCGACAAAUCAUGACUUAAUUUGCAUAUGUUGUUAAAUUUUUGUGAUUUUCCUUGUUUUUCAUCAAGUUUUGAGUAUAUUUUAGAUUGAAAAAGUAUGUGCGCACCCAAGAAACAACUUUAUAUUUAGUGAGAUUUUGCUAAUAGUUAUAAUAAAGCUUCUGUUAAAUUAUUUUGUUGUUUCUCGGCUGCAAAGGAUGUUUCCACAGCGGAAAUAAAGAUAGAAAGCUACAUAAAAUCUGGAUUUUUCAUAAUUUUUGUGAAAAAGUACAUAUUAUGACGUAAUUGCGACGUCAUCAGAUAAAAAUCUUUAUGUUUUUCAUUUAUAUUUUUUUAUCCUGUGCAUUUCUAAACAUUAUGUGCCAAUUUGAAAUGGUUAUCAAACAUUUUAUUUUCUUGGGCCAAAACUAGGCCUUAAUGCCCCUACUCCUUUAAACUUGCUGAAAUUCUAUACAAGACUCCUAUCAUCUUGUUUAAUGUAAUUAAGGAAUUUGAAAUUUAAUAUGUUAAAAUGGUCAUUCAUGCUGUAUUUUGUUGUACAUACGGACCUGUUGAAAACAUGCAUGCAGAAAAAUUUCUCUGCAAAUAUUACUCCAAUUUUAACCUAUUAUAAAUGAAACAGUCUUAUUAUGGUUUUUUUUCAACACUCGAGAUAUUAAUGCAUAUGAUCUUUUGAGUCUCUAGUUUUAGUAGUAUUACGAUUUUAUAUUUUGUUUAGAAACAUCAGAUUCUUGAUUAAAAUGUUGCAUUUGUUUGUUUAUGAUUAAAAGGAUUUUGUUUAUGAAUGUACUAAAUUCAAUUAAUUUGUUAUUUGUUUAUGCUUGUAAUAUUUUGUUUACGAAUGUAUUCAUAUCAAUUGAUUUGUUAUUUGUUUAUGAUUGUAAUAUUUUUGUCAUGGAAUCUAUACAUUUCAUAUUAUUUUU